CAAAACGGAGGAAACUCGAUCCAGUGAACCAGAGAGAAGUAUGUAUGCAACAUCUUCUUCGACUCUGUCUCCAACACCACAAAGUCUCUUCCUUUCUCCUCAUCUUCCUCCAAGAUCCUUCCUUUAUCGGUUGAAUUUUCUGGGUUUUCCUGUAAGAAGUUGCGGUUUUAGUGGCGGUUCGUUUUAUGACCGUCGGAGUUAUGGUCAAAGACGGAGGAAACGAAUCAUAGUACCGAAAGCUCGAGUCUCUCCUUACGAGAUUCUUGGUGUGUCUCCGUCAGCUACACCUCAAGAUAUAAAGAGGGCGUACCGUAGACUUGCUCUCAAGUAUCACCCAGAUGUUAAUAAAGAGGCAAAUGCGCAGGAGAAGUUUCUGAGGAUAAAACAUGCCUACACCACUUUGAUAAACUCUGAGUCACGGCGUAACUACGGCUCAGAUCGUCCCGCGUCUGGUUAUUCGGGUCAAACAAACCAAAAAGGCAACAGUCAAGUCGAGGAAGAUUUCUAUGGACUUGGUGAAAUCGUGAGGGAUGUUCAAAUAACAAUAGGGGAUUUCUUUAAAGAUCUUGAAGAAGAGUUCAAGAACUGGGAAGCUAGUGCGUCCUCCUCCUCACAAGGAACACCUAAAAGUCUUUGGGAGGAACUAGCGGAAAUUGGAGAGGAAUUUGUGGAGUUUCUUGAGAAAGAACUUAACAUAAACGAUGAAGACAACGAUGGAUCAAGCAAAGGAGAGAGAUUUGAUUUUAACGAAAGCUCCUCAAAGGACACGAAGAACAGUAUAGAAGUGAAUAUUGAUGAGAUAGAAGCAACCCUAGCUCAACUCAAAAAAGAUCUUGGCUUGCAGUAACAAUCUCAAAAGUUGCAUGAAAGAAGUGAUACAUGUAUUUCUUAUAGAAUAUUCUUUCAUGAAAGCAAUAUGUUUGUAUAGAUGUGAGAUCAUGAGUUACAUAAAUAUAAUUUGAAAGCAAUAUGUUUGUAUA